UGGAGGCCAGAAGGGGGUGUCUUAUUGCCUGAAAAUGGAGUUGUAGCCAGUUGUGAGGCACUACCUGAAUCCUGGGAACCAAAGCAGGUUCUCUGCAAGGGCAGCCAGUGCUCUUAAUGGCUGAGCCAUCUCUCCGGCUCCUUCAGUAGAGCUGCUGGAGAGAUUACUGCAAGCCUCUUUCUAGGUGUCAGGACACAGGCACCCUAGCUCUACACCUCAGCCUUCUCUGAGAAUAGGACAAACAGCCAUCUGUCUCCUCCUCUAAGGCAAACAACUCUUUAAGCGAGGACACUGAGCUUACCCACCUAGGAGGCAAUCACAUACUGAAAUCUGGAGGGGGAAAACAGUACGCUAGACUGUUAGUUAAGUGCCUCACUCGGGACACUUGUGCACAACACCCAUUGGAAACCGAGAUGCCGCUCGGGGCUUCAAAAUCACCUCCAGGGGGGCGUGGGUACUGGAGGGAGGCUUUAGGAAAGUUUACUAGUAAACUGGAUCCCGGCCACUGACCAAUUGGUAAAGAGCGACUGGACCUUGGACAGCCACCAAGCUGAGUGCUGGUGUAGGCGGCAGCACCGUGGACAGCGCCAAGCACCGCCGCUCGGGGAGCCAGGGGCGGGGAGAGGCGGCUUCAUCAGCUGAUGCCUUACGUAGCGCUGGAUCCCCACUUUGCUAAGGCCGGUCCGGGUGGGCGCGCCAGCGUGCGUUUUCGGAGUAGCAACCCCAGGCAUGGUGGAGAGAGGCCAGCGUAGAGCAGAAGACCAUCUCUAGAAAGCAGGUACCUGCGUGGCUUCUUCAGCAUCCGGCUGUUCCCCAGGGCGCCACUGCCCGGAGAAGGGGGUGGGGGAGCGGGCAGGGAGCAAUCUUGGACCAGUGACUGUUCUGACGCACCAGCCGGCUUCCAGGAAUCCACCGGGCAGAGACGAAUCCAAGGAUGCUCUGCUGCUGGCGACCAGACAGCGGUCUCCGCCGAGGUGAGGAAACGCAGGCAUGUGAUAGAUUAAGCGAGCCCUGGCUUCUAGACUCAGCCCCUUGAGUCCGCUUUCCAAAUCCCUAAGGAUACAGAGACUGUGCGGCUUGCAGCCUAGCUCCUCUCUGCCACGUCUCUUCCAGACUCUCACUGAUUGGAGAUUGGGGUCAGGGUGACAGGCUCUUGACAGAAACCUCUCCACUAGUCAGUGGUCGCAAACAUCUCUAUAUUGACUCCGGUGGGCUCGGUGGCUACACUGAAUCUGAACGCAGGUGUCCUGGACCAGCGAUGGAUCUGCCUGUAAACUUGACCUCCUUUUCCCUCUCCACUCCCUCUUCUUUGGAACCCAAUCGCAGCCUGGGUGCGGAAGACCUGCGCCCUAGUCGGCCCUUUCUCUCAGUUUUCCGAGUGCUAGUUCUGACCUUGCUAGGCUUUCUAGCCGCGGCCACGUUUGCUUGGAACCUGCUGGUGCUGGCCACCAUCCUCAGGGUACGCACCUUCCACCGCGUCCCACACAACCUGGUGGCGUCUAUGGCCAUCUCGGAUGUGCUGGUGGCUGCGCUGGUCAUGCCACUGAGUCUGGUGCACGAGCUGUCCGGGCGCCGCUGGCAGCUGGGCCGGCGGCUGUGCCAGCUGUGGAUAGCGUGUGACGUGCUCUGCUGCACAGCCAGCAUCUGGAAUGUGACAGCCAUAGCCCUGGACCGCUACUGGUCGAUCACACGCCACCUGGAGUACACACUCCGUGCCCGCAAGCGCGUCUCCAACGUGAUGAUCGCGCUCACCUGGGCACUCUCUGCGGUCAUCUCUCUGACCCCGCUACUCUUCGGCUGGGGGGAGACGUACUCUGAGCUCAGCGAGGAGUGCCAGGUCAGUCGCGAGCCUUCCUACACCGUGUUCUCUACCGUGGGCGCCUUCUACCUGCCGCUGUGCGUGGUGCUCUUCGUGUACUGGAAGAUUUACAAGGCCGCGAAGUUCCGCGUGGGCUCCAGGAAGACCAACAGCGUCUCCCCCGUUCCCGAAGCUGUGGAGGUGAAGGAUGCUACUCAGCAGCCCCAGAUGGUGUUCACAGUCCGCCAUGCCACCGUUACCUUCCAGACAGAAGGGGACACGUGGCGGGAGCAGAAGGAGCAGAGGGCGGCCCUCAUGGUGGGCAUCCUCAUCGGGGUAUUUGUGCUCUGCUGGUUUCCUUUCUUUGUCACAGAGCUCAUCGGUCCCCUGUGCUCCUGGGACAUCCCUGCCAUCUGGAAGAGCAUCUUCCUGUGGUUGGGCUAUUCCAACUCCUUCUUCAACCCGCUCAUCUACACAGCCUUCAACAGGAGCUACAGCAGUGCUUUCAAGGUCUUCUUCUCUAAGCAACAGUGAGGGGCCAUCUGGGAGUGCCUUCUUCCCGUAGCUCAGUGGACUGCCCUGUCCCAUGAACCUUUGCAGUCUGCCCAGCAGUGCUGAGGACAAGAUCCGUCUGCCAAGGGCACCAGGGUCACAUCGGAGCUCAGCUCGCUUCACGUCUGUGCUCAUGGGUUGGGAGUUGUCUUCUCCUGAAGGCUCUGGUGGCUUAUGCCCCCAAUUUGGGGACUCUCCCUCACUCUGUACCAGCAGCCACGGACCUGGCCCACAAAGUGCCCAUUCCUCCUCUAAAUUCACUCUAGCAUGGCCAGGAGAAAAGUUGGCCAGAGCAGACAGGAGGGAGGAGAGAGGGAGUGAACCAGCAGGUAGAGAGAGGCAGAAAGAAUGACAAGACCUAGAGCUGCCGGCGAUCACACACACCUGUAAACCCAGCACUCAGGAGACUAAGGCAGGGCGAUCUCAAAUUUGAAGCCAGCUUGGGCUACAUAAUGGGUUCAAAACCAGCUUGGGCUAUCUAAGGACAACAACAAAAUACUCCGGUGAGGCUGUUGGCAGAGCAGCAGACCAUACGGCCAAACUUCUCUGAGUAGCUAGUCAUCAUGUCAGACUUCUGCUCUGUGGUCCUAGAGUGUAUACCCUAAUACUUCUGAGUCCUUCCUGAUAUCUGACCACAAAAUUCUGUCCCUAAACAUAGCAAAGCCCAGUCCCACUUGUGAGGACAGUGAUUGUUGUCUUUACUGUUUUGUUCAUGAUAAACACACACACACACACACACACACACACACACACACACACACACGCACGCACACGCACACACAUACUGCAGAAAAGGACAGUUUCCAGUUAAAAUCAACUCAGUCCAUCAUCUUGGAACUGGAAAAAUGAAAUAUUUCCUUCCAUUCUGAAACAACUGUUCACGAAAAAAUAGAAAAAAAACUACUAAUGUCACAGAAUUUGUCAAAAUUAUUUAUUUGCUGUGGGUUUUUCUUUGUGUAAUUCCUUCAAAUGUUUCUGGCCUUAGUGUUUCAUCAUCCCUGGAUAAAUAAGACUCCAGAUUAUUAAUAGCUAUGAACUGUUGACUUCUCAAUACAGUUUCACAGUUGGUGACCACAAGGGUCUGUUUGUCCAUCAGUAACAUUCAGUAAUAGGAGUGCUGGUCACUUUGCUGUUGUGGUUUUGUUGGUAUAUGAACCUGACCAAUAGGCUGUAAGAUUGGCAAACAAAGGUCACUUAUGGCCUCUCUCAAGUUGGCAGUGUAACUGGCGAGUCUGGUAAAGACAGAGUGUUUACACGGUCACAGAAAACCUUGGCUGCACCCACACCUCCAAAGGCAGCCCGAGGGAGCUCUGAGAGCCUUAGCAAAACAGCUAAAGUGAUAAACGGAACCCCGCCGUGCGUGCUGACUUUUCCCGCACACUGAGGGUGGAGGCAUCAGAACCCACGGAGCUGUGGACCCCUCUCAGCACUUGGUUCUCAGCAAAAUCCUGAGUGAGCAAAAGCACCCGUGCUUUAGGUCACAGCAGUGAGAAACAUGCUGCCUUUACAGCCGUGGAGGGGCUGUUUCCUGAAGAAUCCUCAUCCAGGGUGUGGACCCUCAGAGCUGGCCGGGUGAUGAUGCCGGUGCAGAGAGCUGGUGUGUUUCUUCAGUUGACUGGAAGGGCAACAGCUCCAUCCUUAAGACUUUUGGGGCUUGUUUGUUUUUUUUUGUUUGUUUGUUUGUUUUUGUUUUUGUUUUUGUUUUUGUUUUGUUUUGUUUUUGAGACAGGGUUUCUCUGUGUAACAGCUCUGGCUAUCCUAGAACUCACUUUGUAGAUCUGGCUGACUUCAAACUUGGAGAAAUCCACCUUCCUCUGCCUCCUGAGUGCUGGGAUUAAAGGCGUGCACUACCACCGCCUGGCUAAGAGUUUUUAAGUAUUCAUUUAGGUUUAAGACAGGGCCUCACUAAGUAGUCUUGGCUGUCCUGGAACCUACUCUAUAGACUAGACUGAUCUUAAACUCACAGAGAGCUACCUGCUUCUGCCUUUGCUGAAAAGGUGUGUACUAUCAUACCUGAAUUUUUUAAAUACAAAAAUUCCCAAUACUCUGGGGCCCAUUUUCUGGGAGCAGCGGCCUGAACCAGUCACACAUCCUACACUAAAGGACUGGGUCUAAGCCAGGCUGGAAAUCGAACAGAAUGGCUCACAUAUCCAUGACUGUUCUCAUAACCAGGGUUUGCUAAGUGUUUGAACAAAAGCUUCGCUUUUUGUUGUUUUUUUGUUUUCUGGCUUUAGUCAGAUAUAAGAAGUUUUUUGUUUUUGUUUGUUUUUUUGAGUCUGAGUCCUAUGAAAACGAUGCACAUAGAAUGUUCUAAACUGUGCAAAUUCUGCACUGUGUCCUUCACUGUCCCCCUCAGCCUUUAGAUGGAGGAAAGGAGGAGUGUGCUAGUUUCUCUCCACUUCUCUGUAGCUGCAUGUGUAAAGAUAUCUAGCCACUAGCGACCGCCCACUCAGCUGCAUGCUGAGAUCCCGACAGUCACUUUAGCCCAUGCUACCACCCGAAGGCUUCUGACUGCCACCACUUUUAUCACCACACGGGGCAGCUUUGCCCAUAGCACCUCAAUUUAAGACAAACCUCUUACUCAUCAUUCAAAACGUCUACAAACUCUUGGGCAAUAAAACUCCAUUAUAUUCCAUGUCCCGGAUUCCUCAAGUGCACAAAUUAAAACUGUGUAUUGUAACAUGAACGUACAGGCAUAUUAUACUGUAUAUAAUAAAUUAUACCCAUCAACAUUCCAAAAUAGAAAAUUUGUGAUAAUUUCUUUGUGGCUUUGACAUGAAGUUAUCUUGGAUUUCCUGCAAAGACAACCUUUAUACGAGAGCGUGAACGGAUCUAGGGUGUUAGACAGCCAGCAGCGUGACUGUACACAUGCUGAAUGUGGAGUCCUGUCUGUACGAAAGCAAUGCAAUGGAGAACUUAACUGGGAUCUCCUUGGAUUUUUUCCUUACUUCUGUAUAUAUCUUACUUGGCAUACUAGACCCAUAAAUAGUUUAAAAUACAGACUUACUUACUUCCUUAUUUUCUCUGUCCCCAAGAUCACCUGGAACCACGGGGAUCACUGGGCAUUAUUGCUUUUCAUUGUUAUAAUGGGAGAUGUGUCUGUUGAGUGCCCACAAGUAAAGGAAUGGGCACAGCAUGUGGAAUCCAGUGCAAACUGUACCAUGUCUGUCUAUUUGAGAUUCCCGGUGGGAUUUCUCAUUCAGUCCCAAAUUUCAAUAUUUAUCUUACUGGUUUUUCUUAAAGGUUUAUUUGAAGCUGGAGAGAUGGCUCAGUGGUUAAGAGCACAUACUACACUUGCAAAUCACCUGAAUUCUAUUCCUAGCACCCACAUCAGGUGACUCACAACCACAUGUAACUCCAUCUCUAUGGGAUCUGAUACCUCCAGCCUGAGCAGGCACCUGUACACAUACACACAUGUGCUAACCUAAUUUUCAAAACAAUAAAUAUAAUGAUUUUUUAA